AUGGAGACGCUUACAGCACCGCUACGAGAGGCCGCGCAGCACGGGCGGAGACGGGCAGUGGGCGCCGACUGGCACUCGAGGCAGGCCGAUCCGUCCAAGGCGGGCCUGUUCGAUGAUGUCGGGGACUGCAUCCUGUUGUUCGGGGGGUUCUGCAAUGGCAACAUGGGUGAUGUGGUGCAACCAAUCGCGAUGCAAGACCUCCUAGCUUCUGUCGCACCGGACCAGUGUUUUUGGUACGCACACCCGGCCGGAGAAUAUCUCGAAAGGGGUUACCGCAUCGGCGAGUUUUUCGGCGGGGACGACUCGAAGGUGUUCCCCCUCACGCCCGACCUCGCUUGGAAGGUAAAUCGGUUCAAGGCCUUGGUUAUCGGUGGCGGAGGGAUUUUCGCAGCGACCCACCAGCCGUUGCAAAACGACCAAUUUGCAGAGGCCUUGACCCUGCCGAUAGUCGUGAUGGGAGUGGGAGCAUCCUACCGCGCGAAGACCUACAGCAAGCUGCUGUCGAAGGCGGUGUUCGUGUCCGGCCGCGAUGAGACGUCGAUCAAAACGUUCAAGUCCGUGCUGGGGCGCGAUCCCAACGCGACCGUGGCCCCCGAUGACGUCGCUCUCGUGAGGGACCCCGUGUUGAGCAACAAGAUGCUGUCUGACAAAGAGGGCAGUUGCUGGAAACGGAGCGCAGGCGACGAUCAACAGCCCCUAUGUUUCGUAGUACCUGCGGCCAACACGCAGGACACGAUUGAGAUGCACGAACACCUGCUCAACGCUGUGAGGGAGGGCGACAGGUUCAUCAACGUUUUCCCGAAGCAUCAGAAGGAGAUCGAAAAGUUCGCGUACCCCGGCGCAGUGGAGCAAAUCGUCGAUCCGAUGGAGUACGUCGAGCAGCUGUGCAAUUGCAAGGCGAUCAUCUCGACCAGGCUCCACGGCGUGGUGCUGGGCCUGCACAUGGGCGUGCCGACCUUCGCCGCGUUCCGUCUCCCCUCGGGCAACAAGGUGCCCGACGUCAUGGCGCGCGCCAUGUCCCUGCCCGACCAGUUCCUCCAGAUCGACGAGGACCUGGACCGCGACCUGGUGAACGCGGCGGUUAGUCGCGUGAGGCAGCUCUACGAGGAAGGGGAUCGCCGGGCGGUGAUCCACGACCGGCUGUCCGCGCUCCACGACGAGUUCAUCGUGCACGCGCGCCACGUGCUCGUCGACGUCCUCGGGGUCGGGGACCACCACCAGCAGCAGCAAGGACCAGAUGUGGUGACGUCUGUACAACACGCUCAGAUCGACAACGGACUCCUGGCGCCGCAGGCGGCAGUGAGCGCCGCGGCGGCCCUGAACGGCACACCGGCGGAGUGGUCCGUGCCGUCAUGGUCGCACAAAAUGAUGCCGGCAUCUGUCCGCUUGGACUGCGUUGCCGCCUUGUUCUUGCUCUUCGCCAUCAUUGCGUUGGCCGCCUUGCCCUCGAAGACGGGCGGUGGCCGCGGUGGGGGUCGAAGCCCUCGGGUACUCAAAUCUGACGCAGCCAAUGGAGACAAGAAGGGCCUCAUUGCCGUCAGCGGCAUGGAGCCUGCCCUAGGGAAGGCCACUGCCCACCAAGAAAUGGAAGAGCACUGCGGCAUGACCGAUGCCGCCAGCCCUUCCAGCUUCAGAGAUUCCGAGCUGGGUUCCCGAGACUCUCUGUCGCCAGCACAACGAAGCCCCGCCACGAAACAGUCGGGCUUCCCAGCUACCAAGAAAGGACCGUCUCUCAACUUUCUCUUCGCGCUCAACUUCAUCCUGUGGAUAGCUCUGGCGGUGGCCUUCAGCAGGUACAGCAAGUCCUAUCUUCGGGAUACGCAGGACCCCGUAGGCCUCCUCGUUCUGCAGGGGUCGGUCGGGGUCGUGGUCCUUUGCGCUCUCGGACGUCUGGGCUUGGGUGCCACCGACGAAGGGCGUGCAGGAGGCUCGGUCAGUGUGCUAGGCCAGCUCGUGCAGCCGUUUGCUACUAGUCGACUGGCCGGGCUAGCGGCGAUCCUCCACACCUGCCAGGCCUUUCUCACGAGCUUCUCCGUGUUCGUUGGCGGCGUUGCCGUGACGAGCGCGCUCAAGGCCACCGAGCCGGUCGCUGCCGUCGCGUUCUCGCACCUUAUCCUGGGCAAGACGGUUCACCGCAUCAAGCUGGCGUCGCUUGCGGUCAUCAUGGCGGGAAUCGUCUUGUUGACCACGAAAAGCACGGCCACAGCAGGAACCGCCCACGAGGCAGCGGAAGAGGGAGGAGCCACGCCCCACAGCCCGGUGGUGCUGGCAGCAAUGUUCACCAUGGCGGCCGUCUGCUGCAACGCUCUUCGCAACGUGCUGAUCAAGAAGGGCGACCCUGUCCCACCGCAUCAGACCCUCCUGGCCUGCAGCUUAGCAGCGGCGGCGAUCGGCGUCAGCCUCAUGGCGUUCAGGGUCGUGAUGAGGAGCAUGGACGACCUGCUCCUAGGCCCCGCUCCCGGAGGCGUGGUCGAAGCCGCGGAUGCCGCCCGUGAGGGCAACGGCGCUAGCUGGCUGAGCAUGGAGGGCGUGAACGCGGCCCUCUGCUUCGUCGGGUACAACCUCGCCUCGUUCAACCUCCUGGCCCAGCUCAGCCCGGUGGGCCACGCCGUGGGUAACUCCGUCAAGAGGGUGGUGAUGUUCGGAAGCGGGAUCCUGCUCAUGGGGGAGGUGAUGACAGGGCGGCAGCUCGGAGGCACCGCCGUAGCCCUGACGGGCGUCCUUGUGUACAAUCUCGUUGGGUCUACCGGGUAG